UUCGACCUUCCGUUUUCAAUGACGCACAUGUUUCAACAGUAAGCAGUGUCUGAUAAUUUCAUCAUGGAUAACAAUCAAAAGAAGCGAUCAGGGUUCUUUGCUAACUCACCUUAUGAUCAACCAAUGAACGUUCCAGUGACAUCUGGACCAGCUGGGAGUAUAAUGUCGCCAUAUAUGAACUUUGACCCAAAGUAUUUACCAACAAAAGAUGAUGGUUUCAUUUUCCCCGAGGGUGCUGGUCGACAACGAGGAAGGUUUGAAAUGGCGUUUGCACAAAUUGGAGGAUCAAUAUUUGCAGGUGCAGCAGCGGGUGGAAUGAAUGGUAUUUAUACUGGUUACAGAGAGAUUAAAGGAGCUACAGACAUGUCAACCGCUGUAAAGAGAACACAGAUGUUAAAUUUUAUAGGUAAAAGAGGAGCUGCAUCGGCACAGUCAGUGGGAGUAAUAGCUUUGUUGUACAGUUUAUUUGGCGUGGGAUUACAGUUAGCUCGGGGUGAAGAUGAUGAAUACAAUACUAUUACAGCAGCAACUGCCACAGGUCUUCUAUACAAAUCUGCAGGUGGUCUCCGGAAGUCAUUAAUAGGAGGUGGAGUUGGACUUGGUAUAGCUGCAGCUUAUGUUUUAUUUAUGAAAUCGGACACUUUUAAAUCAUACAUGACCAGAAAUAGAUAGAAUUGUCAGCAUGCAUGAAUGGGUGUAUGUGUAUGGUGUUGUUUAUACAUAUGAAUGUAUGUGUGGUGUAUACAUCUGUAUAUGUAUGUUUAUGUGUGGUGUAUACAUCUGUAUAUGUAUGUUUAUGUGUGGUGUAUACAUGUGUAUAUGUAUGAUUAUGUGUGGUGUAUACAUGUGUAUAUGUAUGAUUAUGUGUGUUGUAUAUAUGUUUGUAUGUAUUAUUUUUUUAUUUUCGUGUGUAAAUGAACACAAGUUGUGCGUAAAUUAGAUUGUGGAUGUAUGAUUGAUAUGAGAUAUAUGAUAAAUUUUAAAAAGUUUAUACUUUAAUUAUAAACUGUACUUGUUGUAAGGGAUUUUGAAUGAAUAAACUUGACCUGUUAGCUAUUAUUCUGUAGAUAUUAAACAUUUAAUAUCAGUACUUUUUUUAAAACACAAAGGCAGAAUUUUUUCAGUACUUUUGACUGAUGUUAAAAUUUGUUUUUUAAUAGAAAAUAUGAUUAAAUUUUACCGUCUCUAUGAAAUUAGAUUUUCAUUCAUAUUAAAUAAUAUAAUUCACAUGUUCAUUAAAUGUCAGGUACCACUUUUACCUUUUUUGAGUUAUGUCACUUUAUAAUGUUAUAUGCAAGCGGAAGCAUCAUCUGUUUUAUAAAAUGAUACCCAAAUUUACAUAAGGUCAACUUUGACUGAGGGUGUAGUUUCGUAAUAAUUUGUUUAUUUAGAAUGGAAAAAUUGAAAUACGUAUAUUUUAUAAAUCAUUUCAAUAGCGUAUAAACUGACUUCUGACCUGAUGAUAACCUCGAGAACAUAGUCCACAAGCAACAGUAUAGACCCAGUGCCACUAAACAUGCUAGGUUGUUGUUUGUUGAUGUGGUUCAUAAGUGUUUCUCAUUUUCUCGGUUCUUCUUUUUGAUUCAGCCAUGCUGGAUCUAUGUGAUCCCUCCGGAUUUGGAGAUCGUGCAAAAUUCUAAGUUGAAAACAAGUCAUGAAAAUAAUUAUGUGUUUCUAUGACUUGCAGAAACUUUAUACAUCAUAUUAAUCAUCAACUGCCAAUUUUUAAUAAUGUCAUUUGUCCUUAAUUUAAGAAAAGGUUGAGCGAACAACUUCUUUAUUUUAGAUGUACACUUGCAUAUAGUUCCUUUGUAAAUCAAAAUUUAUAUUAAAUUGCCAUUUAUUGAAUAAUGUGGAAAAUGUGAUUUAUCAAGUUUAAGCAGUUGAUUAGAAUAAUGAAAGUGUUUUAUCAUUAUUUUAUGUUUCUGUAAGCCAUUUAAUAAAAAUUUGGUUCAAUAUGUGUAUUGAUAUCAGAGUUGAUUCCCAUUUUUUGAAGAACCACUGAUUGGAAUGAAACCAAACAUGGCAUGAAUGUUCCUAAUGAGGUGCUAACCAAGUGUUGUUACUUUGUAGCCAAUCAAUCAUCCAAGGUGGCUGCCAGUGGGGAACUUAGUUUAACAAAGGACCCUAUGCGAAAUACAUACAAGUCUUCUUUUGAAGAACCACUGAAUGGAAUGAAACCAAACAUGGCAUGAAUGUUCCUUAUGAGGUACUGACCAAGUGUUGUUACUUUGUAGCAAAUUCAUCAACCAAGAUGGCUGCCAACGGGGGACUUAGUUUAAGAAAGGACCCUAUGGGAAAUAUAUACAAAUGUCUUCUUCUAAAAAAACGCUUAAUAUGUUGAAACCAAACAUGGUAUGAAUGUUUUUUUUUGAGAUGCUGACCAAGUGUUGUUACUUUGUAGCUGAUUUGUCAUUGUCCUUAUAAAGUCAUUUUCUACAAUUUCAAUGAAUUUAUUGGUAAUUUCUGUAAACUUUACAAAAGUCUUCUGCUUUUGAUUAAAUUACGAGGCAAUAUUAAACCAAAUUUGGCCUCAAUCAUUGUUAGGGUAUCUGUUAUGAUUUUAAUCUAUUUUUACAUGAUUUCCAAAACCAAAGUAGAAUCAGGUGAGUGACACAGGCUCUUGAGAGCCUCUAGUUUGAAAUGCUAUUAUUCCAAUUCUUGCAUUAGGCAAAUGAUAUUAUUGAUACAAUACCAGUAUGAUGUACAGCUACCAAUAUUUUCAAACAAUUACACUCAAAGGUGUAAGUAUUAAUUGGAUUAAACUCCACUCAAAUGCAGUCUUAGUUGACCACAGCUAUAUUAAUAUAUCAUGACAGUUGAUAAUCAUACUGGUAUUGAGGUCAAGAAUUUGUGUAUUCAAUUUUUUACACAUCUUACUAAAUACACAAAAUCUUGACCUGAAUAAUUGUAAAAUCAGUAUCAUAAUCAUAUGACAUAAGUUAAUAAUUAAUGUCUAUUUAAGUUACAAUUAUCAGUAAUUUGGUUGAAGCAAUAAACAGAAUUGCAUAACUCUUAACUGAAUAUUUUCUGCAAUAAAUUUAUUUAUAUAUCCCCAUUAUAUUGCUAUUUAACAGUAAUUUGAAUUACCUCAGCAUUAGGUAUUUGUACAUGUAUAUUUGAAUACAGGAAAUGUAUGUUUUCUUUAAUGAAGAAUAAAGACCAAUUUAGAUAAAA